CAUUUGACCUUACUAGUAGAUCGAGACAAUCGCAAAGAUGAAGCUUGAAAAGUUUUCGCGCAAAUGGAAUGGUUUGCUUCAUUUUGAUAACCAAACAGAUUAUUUUUCCCUUGUAGAUAAAAUUUGUUUACUAUUUGAGCAACGACCUCCGAUUACCAAACGGACAGCUAUCAAAGUGAUAUGGACAGCACUGAGUGUUCUGCAUGGUCUUCAAUACUUUGGUUUCACGAUUCAGAUGAUUCGUCGUAUGAAUAAAUCUUCAAGAAAUGUUUCAGAGCUUACAACCAUCACUAACAUGUUAGUCAUGUUAGGAGUUUCAGUCGUUCGUGGGCUAUGUUUGGCAUAUAAUCGAAAUGAUUUGAUAAAGCUCAAAAAUUUCGUUAAUUCCAAAACCUGUCAGCGCGAUAAUCCCAUUGCUUUCGAGCAACGUAAAAAUACCUAUCAAAAGAUAAACAAAUUCUUGAUAGCGUAUUAUUCAAUUUCAGUGACGAAUGCAAGUUUGUACUCUCUGACAACGGGAUUUCAAGAAGAUGUAUUCAAAAUUCCGUACUUGCUAGAAAGAUUGCCAGAAAAAGUAGCUUUAUCGAUAAAUGUCUGUACUUCUACUAUGCAUAUCCCUUGGUGUUGUACUGUUUGGUAUAGCGCUACACAACUGUUGUCGAUAAUGUAUGUUCUGCACACUGAGUUGAGAAUAAUUAUUGACCAGUUUAAGCACAUUUACGAAAAAGUGGCAGUUAAUCAUGUUUUGCAAUCAUCUGACAUCAUUUUGCUAACACAAGAACAGAAAACGCUCUUUCUUGCAGAACUUAAUUCGAGGUUCAGCAAUGCUUUGGCUUAUCAUUCCGAAUUUAUCAAAUAUCUGCAACUUUUCCAAAAAACAUCAAGCAAGAAUUUUUGCAUUCUGUUCAUCGUGGGAGCAAUUAUCAUAACCGUCAACACUGGAAUAUUCAUUCUGGAACCAACAAUUGAGCAAUUACCAUUGCUAAUAGUGUCCAUCCAGUUCACAACGGAAAUCUACUGCUGUUGUACAAUGUUUCAAAGCUUGGAGAAUGAGAAUAAUCGAAUCACCCAGUACAUUUAUGCUCUAGAUUGGAUCAAUGAUUUGGGCAGUCUGACCACACUGGAUGAUCGAAAGUACAGCAAAUCGAUUCACAGGAAUGCACUUAUGUUGCUAGCACAAGUGAAGAACGGAAUCAAGUUCAGAGUUGGUGGAAUGUUUUCUCUUGACUUGAAAACGUUUACUGAUUUGAUACGGAGUGUAUAUUCACUGUUGACGCUCAUGAUGCGUACCAUGAGCGAUGUUUAAGAAAGGAUGCAAUUAAUGCUGAUGGUCAACAAGUAUAUAUUGGUCUAUUAUUAUUAUCUUUAUUAAAGAGACUUUCAGCUCAUAUAUUGAUCUAGAUGCAAUCAUUUAAACAUUAUUCUUGUUAAGUUACUUCGAAGCGCUUUUUCAUAGUUCAAACUUUUCUCUCGAAAAAUUAAACAAUUAAAACUGUAAGAUUUGUAGCUAUUUUGGAGAACCAAACGUUUAGGUCGUUAAUUCCAAAGUGUACAAUUGCCAAAAAAAUUUAUGAAUCACAUACCAAACCCAUAUGUAAAACGCCUUGAGAUAGGAAAAGUGAGUUUGAACAAUUCAUUUUAUACUCCAAUUACUAUAUUUCAAUUAUUGAAGUCAUACCACAAAUGUUCCAGAGCACGAAUUGGUUAAAAAAAUAGUACAUUGCGAUCAACCACCGGGUAACAAAACGAUUAAGUUUUGUACUUUUGAAAUUUCAAACCAUGGCUUCUUUCCAUGUUUACAAUAAAACAGCUUUCUGUUCAUCAAAACCCCUGAGAAAACUUGUAAUUCUAGGAUCCGAAAAUAUAGUUGGAAUAUAUGAAACUAUGAUAACGCAUGUUUGGAGAAGAACGUUACGAGAUGGUUCAAAACUAAUAGGGCGAUAUUCAAAACUGAAAUGGCAAU